AACAGUGAGUAAUCCAAAUGGUCCAGUACAUCCAUAUUCCAACCGCAAGAUUGCCCAAAGCUUCACUGUGUUGGAGCAAACCGGCAUAAUAGUAUGUCAUUUUGUAAUUAAACCGGGUCUCUCCUGUCAAGGACCCACAGAGAUUACAAGCAGCAACAGCUUUUCUUUUGCUCCACCAACUCCGUCGCCGCCAACCAUGGCUGUUCAACACGAUAAUCUGAAUCACAACACCAGUCCUGGAUCGCACAAUGAUACACCCACAUUUGCUGCAACUGCUCAGAAUGACGAUCAGCACUACUGCAACUGUUCCAUUCACAGCUCUCUGUCGAAUAAUCCAACUGUCAACACAACUGUAGCUGAUCAUAAUCAACAUGACAAGCAACAAUGCAACUGCUCCAAUCAAGAGUCAACAGCCAAUGACACAUUCAUUGUCAUCAUUGUCGUCCCCAUCAUCAUCACCAUCAUUGUCAUCAUUGCCAUUGUCAUCAUUGCCAUUGUCAUCUUUGUAAAGAAAUCAUCAAUACGUAAACAAGAUGUACUCUACACCAAUACGGCUACAACCACCAAUGCAGCUGUUUCAACUUCCAAACCCAUUCACAAGCAAGACUCAGGAGAGGAUGAACAUUCCAAUCCAUUUUUACAUAAACAACCAUCUUGUCAGUCACCACAUGACAAACAAACGACUCAACUUCGUCAACUAGAAGCUCAAGAACACACUCCUCCAACUGCCACAGAAGACUUUUAAAGUGAGCCAUACCAUAAGUGUGUAUGCCAGUGACUACUCUAGGUAGUACUUGUGUGCCAAGUUACACCAAGCAUGCAAGAUGUAUCUUUUGACGACAGAAUCCCAGGAAGCAAUGUGAUGAAGUAGGCCAUAGUGUCUGAAUUUUACAGUAACUCUUGUAACCCUCCUAUGUUUCAGUAUUAAAUUGCAGUAAAACCUUUAAUUAAGUAGCAGCACAUCAGAGCUCAUGCAAACCAGCCAGAUAAUCCUACGAUAUGUACCAAAAACACUUGCUUGGGUAUCAGCCCUCAUCUGACUUUGCAUGGUGGCAAUAUAAGAGUUUAUAUCAAGCUGAUAGACAUACAUGUACACUGUACAGUAUCUUCAUUCAUUUUCAAUGUGUUGCAACAGAAGACAAAUUCC